GUCCUCCUGUCUGAAAAUGGCCCGCUGUCUGUCAGAUCCAUUUGGCGCCAGGUGCGAAAUUGUGAAGUCUUUCCAGAGAAAAGCAUCCGAAUUGUCACGAGACAUCCCCUAUAUACCUCUUUGCAAUGGCGCCAAAGAAAGGCAGCGGAGGAAGCUAUGGUGGAGGUAGUAGUGGUGGUGAUGAAGACUAUGACUAUGGCACUGGCACUGGCAGUGGCAGCGGUGAUACCGACUAUGAUUACAGUACUGGAAGUGGUAGCGGGAGUGGAAGUGGAAGUGGUGAUAACGACUACGAUUAUGGUACUGGCACUGGCAGCGGCAGUGGCAGCGGUUAUGGCGACUAUGACUAUGGUACUGGCAGUGGGAGUGGUGGCAGUGACGAUUACAACUAUGAUUAUGGUAGUGGUGGACCAAAGAAUUCAAACUACAAUACUGUCGGGUUGGCGACUAGUUCCAGGUGGAAGGACGCAACAGUCAAUGCCCUUUUUGCGAUGAACAUCAUAGUCCUCCUUGUCCUCGUGUUGUGUAUGAUUCUCACAAGGCGGUUCAAAUGGAUCCGAGAGAAGGGAACAGACAAGCUGCGAAACUCUGGAUAUCUUUUUGCUGCUUUCUGCAUGUUCUUACAUCUACUCAUCGUGGCUAUCAGAACCGCAAUGGUAGAGUCGGGCUACCAUACAGAUAAGAAUUUCGUAAUUGCCUUCAUCUUUGAACGACUUUUUUCUCUGAUCGGCGAUAUCAUGAUAGUCGCCAUCAUCGCGCGCACUAUUCUUGAAGAUAUGAGUCAUGGGAGUGGAAAGCUUGCUUUCUUCUCCAAUGUCUUAAUAGGACUUCUUUGGGUGCUCGCCUUGGUAGCCUUCAGCUUCUAUGCCGCACUUUAUGGUCAAUUCAUCGCCGGGAACGCUUCCCAAAUCACGAAUGACGGUUCGAAAUAUACGGCUGUUUUCUUUUCGGCAUACAUUUUUGGCAUCUCGAUGUACCUUGCCAUCUUAUCUUGUGUGGCCGUAUUCAAGCGGCCGUCUAAGGGGACCUUCCUUAUGAUAUUCAUUGUUAUUCCCGCAUUAUUCCUGCGUUUCCUCUUCGCCCUGGUCAACCAAUCAAUCAUCAACUUCCAGUCUCGCUCCAUGACCGCCACGGCCACCGCGGCUGUUGGCCAUGCCGAUUCGUAUAUGUACACUUUGACCACCAUCUCGAUCUUCCUCGUCGUAGCUCUCAUUGGUGGCCUAAGACAGCGCCACUCGGAGGGUGGCAUGUCCCAAGAGCAAAAGAUAGGCCUGCAAGGCCACCACUAUGUUCCUCUUGGGCCAUAUGGACAACCUCCAGCGCCAUAUGGUGCUCAAGCUCCAGUGGGUCACUAUCUGCAACCAGUACAGCCCGCAGUUCCAGAACAGUAUGCAGCUUCAGGGCAGCCUGCGCCUCAGCCACUGCAAGUUCCAGCAUCAUGUCCGGCUCAGGGACAAUAUGUUGUCCCAGAUCAACCCUCUUCAACAGGACAAUACGCGCCACCUGGACAAUACGCCGCCCCAGUACAACCUGUGUCGUACGCGCCUCCUGGACAAUAUGCUGCCUCGGGACAGUAUGUACAUCAGGGGAUGACUACCCCGUCAACCAUCGCACGCUCGGUCUCCCCCAUGCAUGAUCCAGUUGCUGUGUCUGCAGCGUUCGCAUAUAAUGGUGCUUCAUCAACUGUGUCGCCACCGCCGCCACAUGAUCUGUAUCAGAUGCACAUGCCGCCGCACCACUGAGAUGGGAUUUAGGAAGUUUAGAUGUUGUGAGAGGCGAAGAAAUUUUUGGUCAUAGGAGUUAUACCCUCGGAUUGGUCUAAUUGGUUUUGUGUUUUUAUAUGUCGAUUAUAGUUUGAUGAUACGAAUGGGUUGAGUUUUGCUAGGUUCGGUAUUGCGGAUAUACAGAUGUUUCGGUGUAAAUAGAAUUAAUCGUUUUUAACUGUAGUUCCUUGCUUCUGGUGUCAAUUUGGGUUUCUAUAGGUGGACGUUGAUAGGAGUGC